AUGAUCGGAGACUUCGCGAAAGCAGCUCCAGGAGAUGAAAAAUUGCAAAACCUGGCGAGCGACAUUUUUGCGACUGCGUUGCUGAAAGCGCCGGCCAAGAAUCCACAGCCGGGUAUUGAGGGUCUACCUUCGAAUAACACGACACCUUUUUCUAUCAAUGCGACUAGCCUUGUGACUGGAUACAAGAAAUUUCUUGACUCGUAUACCGACGAACUCUACAUAACAUAUCCGCUAGACUGGUAUGACAACAACGGUCGGUACACGCACACUGGAGUAUCCUUCGGUCAUGAUGACAAUUGUCCAUCCCAUCCCGCUAACCCCGACUUUCACGAUUGGCUAGAUGGUUAUUACGACGAUGACCUCUGGUGGGCACUAGCCUGGAUCAAUGCAUACGACGUCACUUUCAAUCCUACCUACCUCGAUCUCGCCGAAGGCAUUUUCAUCGCCGUAUCACACACCUGGGGUACUUACUGUUCCAAUGGCGGCAUAUACUGGAGCUGGGAGAAGAAAUACGUAAACGCCAUCGCCAACGAACUCUUCUUCAGCACAGCUGCGCAUUUGGCGAACCGCGUCCAGCGCGGUAAGAAGAGAGCCGUAUAUCGGUAUUGGGCGGAAAAAAGCCUAGAUUGGUUUAUGCACAGUGGCAUGAUCAACAAUAACGGUACCAUAAACGACGGAUUGACGGAAGAUUGCGAGAACAAUAACAAGACUACUUGGUCUUACAACCAAGGCGUCAUCUUGGGCGGUCUCGUCGAGCUUCAUCGAGCUGCAGCUUCACCAGAGUUCCCAUAUCUUACUGUCGCGUCUACUGUCGCAAAGGCGGCGCUCAUCGCACUUUCGGAUGGAAAUGGCGUUAUCCACGAUGAGUGCGAACCUGAUUGUGGUGGUGAUGGUGCUCAGUUCAAAGGCAUUUUUAUGCGAAAUCUGGUCAAACUGAAUAGCGUGGCGAAGGACGAUAUGUUUGCGAACGCUAUCCGCAACAAUGCGGCGUCUAUAUGGGAAUGGGAUACGAAAUUGACAUCCGAUGGCUUACCUGUGUUCAGUGUCAACUGGGCAGGGCCGUGGAUUAGCCCGGCGAAUGCAAGCAUGCAGAGUUCAGCCAUGGAUGCUCUCGUCGCUGCUGUAGUUGUCGAUCUGACUUCUUAG